CAUCUCACAGCAAAGUGGAGUUCGACUUCCUGGUCAGGGGCCAGUUCCUGCGAAUGCCGCUGUCCACUCACAUGGACACAGAAGGCAUAUCGACGGAAGAAGUGGUGGAGAUUGAGUAUGUGGAGCGGAUCACGGCUCCAGAGCCUGAGGAGUGCAUGAUGCACGACGACUGGAUUAGCUCUGUGGACGCAGAUGCUGAAUGGAUCCUAACAGGCUCAUAUGACAAGACAGCCAGGAUCUGGUCUGCUGAGGGCAAGGCGGUGAUGACAGUGGCCGGACACACGGAUGUGGUUAAAGAUGUAGCCUGGGUUAAAAGAG